UCUAUUUGACAAAAAUAUUCUUUGUUCUUUGUACGAUGUAAAAAAUGUAAAUCUGUAUAUAAAUUUAAAGUUUGUUUUUUCAUAAGAACGUAACCAGAAGCUAAAGUCACAUGCUCAUGAUACAUUUGGCGGUGAAAUAUUCAAAACGUUUGGAACGGAUAACCUAAAAUGUGACAGUAUUAAACAAACGUCAAAUAUGAGUGGAAUAUUAGCAGUACACGUGAAAAAAUUAAGUCACAAUAUCGAGGAGAUACGAUUGAGAGCAUUGGAUAAUAUCAUUUCGAAAUACGAUCUUGGUUUCGGUUGUGACUGCGAUGCCGUGAGAAAGGAAUUAAUAAUAAAAUUAUUUAAUUGGUUUUCGUUUGAAACCUUCUCAGAAAUACAGAAGGUUCUAAAUUUAUUACUUCAUUUGUUGAAGACAGAUGAUAGAGGUUAUUUAAAUACAUUUGGUAAACUAAGAUUUCAAAAUGAACUUCACGAACUAAGAAGAAGAUUAGGCUCAGAAUGGCAUGAAAAAUUAAAUGAAAUCGAAGAGGCUGUUCUUAAUUCAGAUAAACCUGAGGUGAUACCACCAAACUCAAAAAUAAUCAAUUUAUAUAUUUGCUUUUGUAAUAUUUAUAAGGAUGCAACAAAACAAUGUGUAAAACUUCUUUUUAAGGAUCUUAGCUCUCCAGGAAUAGAAUUUAUUGAUUAUGAUGGGCACAGAACACGGGUAAAAGAUCAUGAAUACGAUAGAAAUAAUAAAACAUAUAGAAAAGAGGAUUUUAACUUAUCUAAAGACAUACUUGCUACUACCUCAACCUUAAACAGUACAGUACCAUUUGAUUUAACAUUAGAAUAUGGAGAAGGAACUCCAAUAUCCAAAGCUACAGAAGGUGGUAUUAAAUGGUUAAUAAUGCCAUGGCAACCUUUAGUCAUGUCAGACAGAGGUGUCUUAGCAGCAGUUGAAGAAACUCUGAAUAACACUUCAGACACAAAUCUCAUAUUACAUACGUGUCAGUUUAUAACAAACGUGAUGAUGCAGGAUUUUCCAGCAGAAGUUUUUCUUCAAAGACCAACAAUUGUUUUUAUACUGCAUGAUCUCUUAGAAUCUAGUGCAAAUACAAUGAAUGCCAAUCUUAAAAAUGUAGUAUCAAUGAUAUUGAAAACACUUUACAAAUUAACACGAUCUUUACGACUGCGAAUUUACUAUUACUGUGAGCCAUGUAUUGCAAAUAAAAAGCAAAAAUUAUUAGUGGAAAAGUUAAGUAAUUAUUCUUCUUCUGAAACAAGAGAUAGUCCAGACGGAGGAUUUGCAGAAGUUAAUUAUCAAGCAUAUCAAUCUACUGGAACAAGUGAAAGAAGUCAAAGUGCGUCAGAUAACAUUGAUGAUUCUGUUUUACAACUACAGCAAAUGCUGAUACCAACCUUUUGCAUUGAUACUUUAAAACGUGUUAUAGCUCAAUUAAGUAUGUCCGACAAUUCAGCAUUUCUAUUAAGAAACAUUAAAUACAUAACAGAUGUGGUAUACGAACUGGUACAAUUGCUUAUCGUUAGUGUCAUGCCAAAUGUUUGGCUUUGUAACGAUGAUGUUGCUUUAAAAGUAAUCGAGGACAUGAAAACAUUAUUCGGCAUGUUGGGAGAUGUCUUGGAAUAUUUUGGAAGUUACAGCACGAUGGAUGAUUUUAGGAUAACGUAUUUGCAUUUUAUAACUAUUACAAUGAAUCUUUUAAGUCACAUAGUUCCUUUAGAAAUAGCAGAUAUUAUCUUCCCUAAGUCGCUUAAAACAUCAAUAUGUGUAGCUACAAUGGAUGCUGCUAUUUAUUUUUUAUACCCAAAAUUACACUCUACGUUACAAGAAUAUAGCCGUCAAUUUCAAGGUAAUGACGAAAUUAUGUACGUUAAAAUAUUUGAUGAAACAAAGAUAAUCCUAAAAUCAAUGCAAGCAGCUAUAUUCUUAAUAAAAAACACACAUAAUUCACCUCAUUCGGAAGUUUUAAAAAUGUUGUAUGCUUCAAAAUUGAGUUUACCUUAUCAUAAAAAUUUUAAUAUUAUUAAGAAAAUUGUCGAAUUUUUGCAAAAUAUGAAUAGAUAUUCUUUAAGUGAAGAAGACCAUACGUUAGCUAUAAAAUUAAUAUUAAAUUUAUUAGCAAACGCAGAUACUGAUAUACAAUAUGCCAUAUACUUUGAAUGUUAUACUUUAGUUAAAAAUAUUCUAGGAGUAGAAUAUAAUAGAGAAAAGUUAUCAUGGGAAAAUUUGGCAUUUUUAUUUGAAUCAUCUGUGUUAAUUGAAAUCAUAUCUUAUGGUGCAACACACGAUGAUAAAACGAUUAAGGAAAUUUCCGAAGAAAUAUUAGUUUACAUACUGAAAGGAAGAUUACAAAUGGGAGAAAAUGGAUGGUUAAAGUCACUAGAAGCCAUAGUACCAGCGUUGCCUUUUUUACAGUGUCAUGCUCAUCCUUCUACAACUUUAGGUCAAUGUGUAACAAAAAUCUUUGAUCCUGAUGUUUCUAGUAAUAUACAGUUACCAUAUAUCGAGGUUUUCAAAGGUAAUUUAAGAUUCUUAUUUUCACCAAAUGAGGAUAUUAGAGAUGAAGCCGUUUGUAGAUUGAUUUGGCUACUUGGGAAAGAAAAGGAUUCCGUUAAGAAAUUACCACGAUUGUCAUCAUUACAUGAUUUACCCCUUAGCUCACUUUGUAUAUUUGAUCGUCAGAUAAUUUUUAAAAAAUCUGAGGGCAACUAUCAGAGAAGUAAUUUAUUAUCAGUACUUGAAAUGCUAAAUGAGCCAAAUGUCGAUCCUAAAAUACGUAAAUCAGCCUUAGUACAAAUUAGCGUUAUGCUUACAGAUUCUUCUUUACACAAAUUAUUCAUUACUGAAAAUGGAUUGUCGUUAAUUUUAAACAUAUUUAACAGUGCUCUGAUUGAAAAAGAAUAUAUGAAUUAUCCAGAUUCUGUCAUUCCCAUAAUUACUAUAUUAAAACUAUUAGCCUCUACUGAAUAUUCUUUACGUCAUGAUCUGUCCACUCGCAUUAGCGUUCUUUCAAAUAUAAUCAGAAGUCUUUUUCUAUUUUCGGACAAUGAAUGUAUUAAAAUUGAUGGUUCACAGUUAUUAUGCUUAUUACUUUAUAAUGAAUGCAUCAUGAGACAAAAUGAAAAAUAUGUAGAAAAUUAUAAUCAACUAAAUAUUUCUUUGCCUUAUAUUAUUGUAUCUAAGAUGAAAUUACCAUUCUUUUGUAAAUCGCAUUGGAAAAUAAGUAGGCAUAGACGAUCAGAUAUCUCUGUUCUUCAUGGCAAUAACUCACUGGUGUUAACAUUUAUAAGACAAUAUUGGAUAUGGGAAUGGAACGAUGGUAUAAAUGUACUUUGGAAAAAUUUAAAUGAUCUUCACGAUUCUGAUGUGUCGAAUAAGCUAAAAAUUUUAGAAAACGAAUUUUUAGUCCUACGUUUUAGCUUUCCUCACUAUUGUUGUCAACAACAACUGUACAAUAUACAAAAUUCAACUACCCAUGAUUCAGUCUCAUGCGCACUUGACUUUCUUACAAUGUAUAUAAAGUUAUGUAAGAUGGAAAAGUGCCAAGAAAUAAAGGAUAUAAGUUUAUUACCUUGGGAACAAACGUUUGAGCGAUUUUUACUUUCACAUCCCGCAAGUAAAGAAGAUUGUGAUUUAUUCGUUGAAGUUUUAAGUUUUCUACAACUCUAUAUUAAUGUUACAAAAAAUGGAAAAUAUGAAUGGAUUAAUAAAAUAAUGACAAAUAUAACUAAAUCGCUGGCUGAAUUAUUAAAAAGCUCGGAAUUAGACAAUCAAAAUGUACAUCAAUCCAUAUUGAAGUUAGCUCGCACGUGCUCAGUUAUAGGAAAAGCAGAAAAAUCUACUCUAGAAAAUCAAAAUGUUUGGCUACACUUCAUCGAAUUAAUUAUCUCUACUUUAUGUUUAGGAGACCAACAACAUUUUUAUAAUUUGGCUUAUCUUGAUUGGUUAUUAACAUGUUUAACAUAUUUGAUUGGAAAGUGUCAUUGGACAAAUUUUAAAAAUUUAUUGAUAUCAUUAGGUAAUACGUUAAUCGAGCUGAUUAUAUCCUUCCAUGGGGCUGGAACAGUUAGCUUUAUGGGCCUAUCUAUAACUAGAAAUUCUAUUAUAUGUCUCAAUCAUUUGUUAUACCAAAUGCAAAUAAAUUUUAACAAAAAUACUUUUGUACAAUUUUGGUAUGAAGAAGGUCGUAUGUUAAAUUGGUUACCCAUGUUGUGGCAAAAUCGUGAUCCUUUAGUCCGUGCAUCUGCUUUACAAUUGUUAGCAGGUUUAAUGAAUAAUUUGCAUACAGCUUCGCAACUAUUAAAUUCUAUAGCAUUAGCACCCAGUGAAUUAUGUCAGACAUUACUUCAAUGUAUUGCCAGCAGAGAAGAAUCAUGUAUUGUUAGAGAGCAAGCUUGUUAUGUACUUAGCAGUUUAAUAAAAAAUUGCAAUUCUAUCGUUUUUCAGUAUAUGGAUUCUCUGAAAGCAAAUUCUAUUUUAAUAUAUGUAGAACAAAACAACAUUUAUUACGAAAUAAGUGUACUAUGUUCUAACGUCUUUAUGUUUAUUUCUUUGGACUAUAAUAAUCAAGAAAAAAAGAUUGGGAAAAUCCCGUCCAUUCACAGCGUACAGUCGAGUUGUACGUCAUUGGUACCGCGUACCAUUUCACAUUUGUAUAAUUGUCAAGAUGAAUUGCAGAAUUUUUCCAUCAGAGAAUCAGCAACUACUGAGAUGGAUAAUUAUUUACAAUUGGUAGCGACACCAUCAUUGAUUACUGCUAUAUGUAGAUUACUGAACAACUUAAUACUUCUAGGAAAACAAGAUGUUGUUCAUCAAAUUUAUGAGCACUCUAUUGAUAAAUACUUAAUUGGAUGCGUUAAUGAAAUUCCUAAUGAUGUUGAAAGUAACAAAAAUUUAACACAUUAUUGCGACAUACUGGAAAUGUAUAGCAGUAUUUGCACAGUUUUAACAAACUGUAUUACAAACAGUAACGAAUACGCUCUUAUAGCUAGCUUUUCCCUUGACUCACUUUACAUGUUAUUUUGCUUUCUAAACAUUGAUUUAUACUGUAACGAUACGUCGCAGUUGAUAUCUUUGCGAAAUAAACUCUGGACCGAAGUUUUCAAUUUUAUAGCCAUACUCUCUUUAACGGAAAACCAACAUUUCGAAACGAUACAGGCCGCUUUAGAAUUGCGUGGUGCAGAAACUGUAUUCUCGUCAAUUUGUAUUGCAAUGAAGGAUUCUAAUCCACAGCUUCGUAUCAGUGCUAUAGGUUGCCUCACAUUUCUGCUCUCCCAAGAAAUUCAAAAAGAUUCAUUAGGAAAGAGCAGCAUUUCAGUACAAUUAGUGAUAGAUACUCCGUUAGCUCGAUUGUCGAACGACAAUGAAAAUAAUUUAAGAGGAAUUAUAUCUGACGUUAAUAAACUUUCUCUACGAAGCUUCAAUGCACGUUCGACAAAGUCAAGUGGGAACGAGGAUCCUCCAAUUUGUGACAUCGAAAGGAACGAAAUUGCUAUAAGCGAAGAGCUCUGUAACGUUUUGUUGCAUUUAUUUGUAGCUUAUAAUUACAACAAAUCGAAGAGGAAUAAGAAACUAAACGAGGACAAGGAGUUGAUCAUAAGCGCGCUUACAAAUUUAUUAUGCGUGUCAAAUACGGCGAAAAAGGUCGCAUUGGAAGAGAAUUUACCUGAAACCAUUUUAAUGAUAUUGAAAGAGUCAUACGUCAGGUUGAAUUUACAACCGUUCGAACUGUUCAAAAAUCAAAUCGAUCGUGAGAAAAAGAUUCAUCCAUUGCUACUCGAUAUGAAUGCUAUUUUAAUAUUAUUAAUAAAUUUCACGUACGGCAGUACAGUUGUUAAAGAAGCUCUAACAAAAGCUGGAUUAGCAGAUGUAUUACAUAAAUUAUGGGCUUGGAUUGCAUUAAGUAAAACAGUUUCAACCACCGCUUUGAAAUUGCUGGCAAGCUAUACUACAAAGUGUACCACAGCAGCACAAUCGUUGACGUUAACGACUAUCCUGCCAGGAACAGGACUUCGAAAAACUCCCAACACUCUCGCGCUUAUACACGUGAUCAUACAGUUAGUUUGUAAAGAAAUCGACAAGGCUGGUCAAUUUUUUGACAAUCAUAAACUACACUUUGCAUUCCACGUGUUGCGUAAUGCAAUACACGUUCACGAAUGUAGAGUAUCAAUUUCAAAGAGCACUCUCCUGCAAUUUUUUACGAAAAUACAUCCAAUUACUACGAAACGAGCAAAACCAUGGCCACUCGUUGAAUUAUACUGCUUGGAAUUCUUAAUUGACUUCACUUACUACGAAGAGGGUCAAUUAUGUGUGCCAAAGGCUGUCGACGGCUUGGAUGUCUUGUUCCAAUUGUCAAAAUAUUCUUCGUCCUCUAAUAGAAUUCUUGCAAUCUCCAUAUUGCGUAAUCUCGCGUUUAACACGACUAAUCGACCACGAUUGCUCAGCUCAGUGGAUUUUAUUAACGUUCUGCACGACAUAUUUAAAAAUGGUACUCUAGACGAAAUUAGAAUAGCAGGGUCUAUGCUGUGGUCUCUGGUGUCCAACAAUCAAAAAGGGAAAUUAAUCAUACGAAGUGCUGGUUUUUCACAGAGUAUACAAGAAGCUUUAGGUAGAAUUACACUAUUGAACGUGGAUGAAGAGAAGGACGAAGAGGACCUAAUUAAAAUGCUACAAUAUAUAUUAAAAAUCCUUAGUCCAGCAGAUACUAAGACUGAUUAAAAUCAAGUAAUUGUACAUAGAAAUUUUUUAAUAUAAGUAUAUGCAUAUA